AUGAAUGCGGCCGACGACGAGAACAAUCAAAGUACGAUUGUUGCCACGUCAUCACAAAUUCCAUCGAUCACGAAUUCCACGUACCUUCUGCUUCAUGAUCUACUACUUCUGAACGCGACGUCUUCUGGAGCGUCGUCGUCGCCUUCAGAAGGCGUCUCCUCAAUUUGGACGACGUCGAACAACAACCAAAACGACACCCUUCUCACCACCACCAUGUCAUCCGUGCAACAGGAAGAAAUCUGUCGGUUUCGUGGCACAACGGAAAACUAUACGAUUGCCGUCACAUUUUUCGUGAUAUUCUUGUUAUCGGUAGUGGGAAACUCGGUGGUUUUAAUUGUGAUAAUUAAGCAAAGAGCCAUGCGAUCUAUAACAAACAUCUACCUUAUGAAUUUGGCCGCUUCUGACAUGAUGUUAUCGGUGGUAUGCAUGCCGCCGACACUUGUAUCCAUGGUCAUGAAUUGUUGGAUGUUCGGCAAUUAUAUGUGCAAAAUUUUGGCCUAUUUGCAGCCCGUCGUUGUCACCGCCUCGGCUUAUACCUUAGCGGUCAUCGCGUUCGAGAGGUACUUUGCGAUUUGUAAGCCGUUGCACUCGAGGAUUUGGCAGACUAGAUCCCAUGCCUACGCAAUGAUCACUCUGGUAUGGGUGAUCGCAAUUGCUGCCAAUAUUCUGAUGCUAUUCAUGUACGAACAACAAACAUAUAGUUCGAAUGGAUACACAUGUGCACCAAUUCAUCCACCAAUUUAUCAUUUCGCAUAUCAGGUCUACAUGACAGUAGUCCUUCUCGUUAUCCCGCUGGUCGUGAUGACCGGUCUCUACGGUAACGUGAUCACCUCCCUGAAAUCCGGCAUCAAAUUGGAAAUCGCCUCCGUCGACCCGCCUCUUGCCACCGCCACCACAACAGGUCCCUCAAAAGAGCCCCCGGUUUUGUUGAACAAUGUGCUCGUCGGUAGCUCCACUCUAGCUCGUGCCACGUCAUGCAUCGCCCUCAACACGUUUUCCUCCCCCUCGAAUUACAGUACCCCCCGUGAGGCUCCGCCCACCACCAACGGACCCCAACUCCUUCAACUCCCUGGAAACUUUGGGAACUUCGACGACUUCCGCCUCCAAUGCCUUUCCGAUUGCCGUCGUUCUAGUGGUGGAGUGUGUUUACCCCCGCCAGCUAUCGUCGCAAGUAUGACGGAUGAGCAGAAGCUAUCGUUUUGGAACAAGUUGUCGAACAAGUUGACUUUUAGUCAGCCAGAUAAGAACGUCUCCCACCCGAAUUUCGGUCACCGUCGGUCCGACACCUCUGUAUGCAUCGAGAACCCAAGUCUACGCUCUACUCACACCCAAAAAAGUGCGAUGGCUAAGCAGCGGGUUAUAAAAAUGCUUAUCGUUGUCGUCAUUAUCUUCUUCUGCUGCUGGACGCCAUCCUAUAUUUGGUGGUUGUUAUUGAUCGCUGGGGAUUCUUUUCAAAGCCUCAACCUAUCCGUCUGGAACAGUGACAUCAAUACAUUCAUCACUCUACUCACCUAUAUUUCCUCUUGUACCAAUCCAAUCACCUAUUGCUUCCUGAAUAAGAAAUUCAGGAAUGCGGUGUACGCGACGUUCGGCAGGAAGAAGAACAUGCGACAUCAUUUUCAGAAGGUCUACAUUCCUGUCAACGGCGGUGCUCAGUACACUAACAAAGGGGAGACACGACCGAUUAUUAACAGGUCGGUCUCGUCGACCUUCACUCCACAACAUCAAGUCGUUUUUAACGAUGUGUCGAUUGAUAGUACGAAGAAGAAGGAUGGGUCGCAUCAUUUGAUAUCGAGAACGGUUCACGCCUCCCUGAUCCAUCAUAACAAAGUGCGAAGAGAGGAGACGGAUGGGAUCUUUUGA